GGUAGGAUCUGUGUGACAGUGCAGGGUACAGCUUUAGGUUGAGGGGCAGCGAGAGGAAAGAAUUUCUCCCGAUCCCGCUAAAUAUAGGCUACUCGCACCACUAUUCCAUCGUAACAAACGUCAGCUUAAUUCAAACUGUUAUCAUUUCUACAGCGUGCUGGGAAUUCGAAGGUUGCUACAGUGAAGAAUAUUUACCACUCGCCUGCAGGACUUAAUCAGGCUACACGUUACUGUUAGUCGAACUUUCCCCUUUUUAUUUUGGAUUGUCUUGCUGUUUGAUUUUUUUUCUCUCUCUACACGUUUUUAAUUCCAACCGGUUGACAUUUGCACGAUUUUAUAUAUCUGCGGGUGUCUUGGUCCUUUUUCAAAAAUAAGAACGUUUUGACGGAAAGUUUUAUUUUCAUUUCUAUUUUUGGGGGGAACAUUACAGUCUUUCCACGAUGAACAAGCUAUAUAUUGGAAAUCUCAAUGAAAACGUGACCGCUGAAGACUUGGUUAAAACCUUUGAAGAUUACAAGAUUCCAUACUCUGGACAGUUUCUCAUGAAAACUGGCUAUGCGUUUGUUGAUUGCCCAGACGACCAAUGGGCAAUGAAAGCGAUUGAAACAUUUUCGGGUAAAGUGGAACUUCACGGCAAACGAAUUGAGGUCGAACAUUCUGUCCCUAAAAAGCAGAGGACCAGAAAACUCCAGAUCAGAAACAUUCCACCACACCUACAGUGGGAGGUUCUUGAUGGUCUGCUUGCCCAGUAUGGAACUGUAGAGAACUGUGAACAAGUGAAUACAGAGAGUGAGACUGCAGUUGUGAACGUCACAUAUGGGACACGGGAGCAUGCUAGACAAGCUAUUCAGAAGCUCAACGGUUACCAAUUUGAGAACAACGCCCUGCGUGUGUCAUACAUCCCCGACGAGAACUCUGAGGUCGACUCUCAACGUGGCCCAGACAAUGGCCGUCGCCCUGGAUACGGUCCACGAGGAAACCGCCAGAUGUCCCCUGGUUCAGGAAUCCCCUCCAAACAUCAGCACGCUGACAUCCCUCUCAGGCUUCUGGUUCCCACGCAAUACGUGGGUGCCAUCAUUGGCAAGGAGGGCGCCACCAUCCGUAACAUCACCAAGCAAACGCAGAGCAAGAUUGAUGUGCAUCGUAAAGAGAACGCAGGUGCCGCAGAAAAGCCCAUAAGUAUCCAUUCUACCCCAGAGGGCUGUUCAUCUGCCUGCCGCAUGAUCCUGGAAAUCAUGAACCAGGAGGCCAAGGACACCAAAACUGCUGAUGAGGUGCCUCUGAAGGUUCUUGCUCACAACAACUUUGUUGGCCGUUUGAUCGGCAAAGAGGGACGCAACCUGAAGAAAGUGGAACAAGACACUGAUACCAAGAUCACAAUUUCACCACUGCAGGAUCUGACCCUUUAUAACCCAGAGAGGACCAUUACAGUGAAGGGCUCGAUCGAAGCCUGCUGCCUGGCAGAACAGGAGAUCAUGAAGAAAGUGCGAGAGGCAUAUGACAAUGACAUCGCUGCAAUGAAUCAACAGACUCACCUGAUCCCUGGACUAAACCUGGGAGCCAUUGGCCUCUUCCCGCCGUCCUCUGCCAUGCCGCCCCCUUCCCUCGGAAACUCUGUGCCUGGUCCUCCCUAUGGCCCUAUGGGGGCCACUGAACAGGAGACCGUCCACGUGUACAUCCCAGCCCAAGCCGUGGGAGCCCUUAUUGGCAAGAAGGGACAGCAUAUCAAGCAGCUAAGCCGUUUUGCUGGAGCAUCUAUUAAGAUUGCACCAGCAGAGGCUCCAGACUCGAAAAUGCGAAUGGUCAUCGUGACAGGGCCUCCUGAGGCCCAAUUCAAGGCUCAAGGCAGAAUAUACGGUAAGCUGAAGGAGGAGAACUUCUUUGGCCCCAAAGAGGAGGUGAAGUUGGAGACGCACAUCAAAGUAGCAGCUGCAGCAGCAGGAAGAGUCAUCGGAAAGGGCGGGAAAACUGUAAAUGAACUGCAGAACCUCACCGCUGCUGAAGUAGUGGUUCCCCGAGAGCAAACCCCUGAUGAGCAAGACCAGGUCAUCGUCAAAAUCAUCGGCCACUUUUACGCAAGUCAGUUGGCACAGAGGAAGAUCAGGGACAUUUUGACACAAGUCAAGCAGCAGCAAAAAGGAGGUAUGGGAGGCCAGCAGGGGCCCCAUCCGCAGGUCAUGACUGAGCCGGGGUCCCCGCAGGGACUGGCACAAGAACCCAGGAGGAAGUGAGAGGCCGGGGCCACUACCCAGUCAGACGGACAGACAAACGAGCGGACUGACUGAGAGAGAGAGAGAGUGACACAGACCCAGCGGUAGACAGGGAGAAAUGAGCAGCAAACUGAGAGGAAAUUAAAAAGAGGACAAAAGACAAAAAAAAAAAAAAACACAUGCCUGAGAGAGAAAGAGGACACAAGUUUAGUGAAAAUGAACUAGAAAAAAAGAGUGAUUUUUCUAAAGAAGAGAGAUAACUAGAAAACAGAGACCAGAUGCCAGGCCAGGUGGAGUGACUGAGGAUGGCGAGGAGGUCCGUCAGAGCGGAGCGCCCUCUAGUGAGAGCUUUUAUACAUAGCCGCUUAUUAGGAAUAAGGCAUAAUGAAGGUCCCGCAAAAGUUCAGCUACUUAGGACCCUCAGCCAUCAGCAGUCACUUCAAAAUUUUAACUGUUUUUUUUAAAGAUAGAGAUAUAUGUAUAGAAAUGUUUAUUCAGAGGUAUUAUUAAUGAAAUGCAGUGAGGUAGAGAUGGGAGAGAGAAAGAGAGCAGAGAAUCAGUCCAAUUUAUUAGUGGGUGUGGUCACCAAUCAGGUGACUUCUCCCUACCUAUCAGAGAUGAGGGGAGGGGCCAAAGUUGUUAACACUGCUCUUGAAGUCCCCCACGCUAAACUGUGGGGGUGACGAGAUGAAAAAAAAAGAGAGGUUGUAAAUAUAAUCUUCAUGACUUUGAGUUGAGAUGCUGCACGUUUAACCGUCUGCAAUCGCGCACCUGGUUUGAGAGGGUUGCGGCAUUUUUCGGAGGCUUCCCUUUCAGGCCGCGUGCCGUUUGACCGGCGGGACGUGCGGCGAGAGUUCAGUAAGCGUGUGGGCUAAAGGUGACCUCUGCAGUUGUAUUGCAGUGGCUCAGCUUUGAUGUGCGGAUGCCCAACAAUCCCGCCCUAAACCACGCCAGCGAUGAUCGCUGCAGCGCCGCCCACACCCAAACGGCAUAUUUUAUAUAUAUUAUAUAUAUAUGAUAUGUGAGUUAACCUGGCCCCUCAUUGCAUUGGAGCAGGCAGACGGAGAAAUGGAGAGUACCGUAAUUUCAGAAAACGAGACUUUGAGCAUAUUUUUUAAAAGCGCGUUUCGCUUUUAGGAAUGUGUGAUUACGUAUCCGCUUUUUAAUAAAAAAAGCAUUUGUCAUCUGUAAACCUGGCCUUCAGACGUGGUGUUCUGUUUUUCCUGAGAAUAAAUGUGCUGUAAAAAUAUGCCGAAUCAACUGAGGACAGUCGUCCUGAAUGCCAGGUUUGAUUGACAAGGUACAGCCUCCACAAACCUGCCUUUAGGUCAAAGGUCAAGAGCAGGGGACAGCAAAGUUUCUGUGCUCUCUCUCUCUCUCGCCCACUUUGUUCGACAUUUGCCGAUGAGGUUGCCAGGGUCCUGGCUUUUCUCACUGAACCUAGAACAGAUUAGACAAAAUGAAUUAAGAAAAAAACUACCUCAGGGUAUUGUUACCUCAGUAUUCCUAAUUUUGUUGUUAUUUUCUUUUUCUUUUUUAUUUCCCCCCUUUUUUUGCUUGCUGGUGUUUUAUAUAAAAGCUGAUAGUCUUGAAUAUUUUAUUUUUUUAAGGAAGAAAUAUUUUGAAUUUUUUCCCAUUAUUUUUCUUUUUUGGUAUGCGUGUUUGGGAGAGUGUAAUUGAGGUUUUUUUUCCCUCACCUGAGCUCAGAAGGACUCCUAGGAAAAAUGAUGAAUUGUUUUGUGAGUCUCGCAAGGCCAGCCUGGGGGUCCUUGAAGAGUCACACUUGAAAUCACUGGCCAAUGGGACGUAGGACGGAUCUUACCAUCUCUUACUGGUGCAUAAUGAACGUUGCCAAACCACAGGAAUUAAAUUGACGCUAAUGUGUAUGUUUGUUGUACAAGCUGACUGUAGAAAACAAAAUGGCCUUUUUUCUAACUUGUGCCAUUUUAUUUUUGCACCUGUGGUGUGAUCUUGUUCAUUCUGCACUAAAGGACUUUUGACAUCAUUGGUUGGCUUACUUGAAAGGGCUUGACUUACUCGCCAUGCUAAAAAAACGAAAGCAUGUCGACCAUCAUCUGCCCGAAGACACUGAAUGUGAACGAUUUAACAUCUUUUCUUUUUUUCUUUUGGAUGGAGUCUCGUCCUUCGCCAUUGUCCCUGUGCAAGUGUGCGUGAGUGCGUUUACUAAUUGAGUUUGAGUGUUAAAUCUUUUUUUUUUUGUUGGGGAAGUGGUUUGGGUGUUUUAAAAAGGCAGACACAUAGAAAAACUCUAUGGCCUCGGUCGUACUCAUUUUUUAAAAACUGACUGAGAACAAAAGGUACCUUUUGAAAAACGGGAGGCAAAAAAUAUUGAAAGAAACAAAUCAACAAAAUGAAAGCAUUCACAUCUCUCAAAUUUAAACCUGUAAAUAAUUUGUUCGACGGAACAAUCGGUGGGGGCGGGAUAAUUGUUUGUAUUUUUUUAGAAUAAAAUACUAAUUGGAUAAAGGAAGGAAAGACUUUUAGCCGUUAAAGAUGGAUGGGCACUGCCAGACCGCGUUCUUUCAGGUUCCAUUCAGACAUCUGCGAAGGGUUUGCCAGCAUGUUCACGUGCUUUAACAGAUCAAGGUCUUUUAAUUUAGUUUUUUGUUUUACAAAAGCUUCCCUUUUUCACACUAGUCUUCUGAUUUCUGCUUGAGGAUUGAACUUGUCAAUGACUUGUCAAUACAUACUGCUCUUCAGGCAGGAAAGAAGCGUCUGUCCUGUUCCAGCCCAUAGAUUUCUGUCAGACACCAAGACACACUCACACACUUCUGCUCUGUUCAGACUGCAGCAGCCUUUUUGUUUUGACCUUUUUGUUUUUCUUUUAGACAGCAAGCUUUAUUUGGACAUGACAUCUGGUUGUGAACUGUUUCAUCAAUAAAAGACAAAAAAAAUAAAAUAAAUAAAUAUACAUAUAUAUGUGAGCGAGGAUUAUUAACAUAACCGCAGAUCUCCAAGAACUAACAUAGUUUAAAAAAACAACAACAACGAAAUAGUUGAUAUGUUAUUGUAAUUGCAUUUGUCUUUUUUUUUUUUAAUUAUUAUUACUUUUUGGGUGAAAGGUAUAAGCGAUGAUAUGGAGAUGCCCUGGACAGAUUCAGUGGACAUUUUGAUUUAGAUGUCCCCUUCUUUUUCAACCCCCACUCACCACUCGCUACCUUCAUCCGCUCGUUUUUUUUGCGUUAGUUGUAUCCGAUUCAAAAGAGACAUUAGUUCUGGAAUAGAACGCCCUCUCUCACGCUGGCCUCGUUUGUGACUGUUUUCUCGAUUCAGUUCAGUCGUUUGAUGUUGAAUUUCUUUGCGAUAUUAUUUUUACUCGUUCAUUUUUCUUCUCUCAAAUUGUCUCCAUUCAUGUAGUUUGAUCGGGGAGAAACCUAGCUAUAAUCCAGAGUUCUUUAUGCAGCUCUUACAUUGCUACUAGUUCAUUUGAAAUACUAACAAAUGAUUCAUUCUUCAUGUUAUACCUGUGCCAAACUGGGGUUCUCUUUGUGUUUUGUUGUUGUACUACUCCAGAACUAAUUAAGUCUGUAAGCAGUCAGGAAUGGAUGCAGUGCUAUAUAUGAGAUACACGGUUCCCUGAGGACCGCGAGACGACUUCCUGUUUGGCACUUGGAAACGUUUUCUCCUAUCCUUUUUAUUUCCAGGUCCUCCACACGUUGUUGUUGUUGUUGUUGUUGUUUUGGUGGUGGGGAGGGCUUGAACAAGCAGUAGAACAGUUUCGCUAGCAUACUUGAGCUUGGGGAAAAAAGAUAGUAUGUUGUUAACUUAUGCAAUUCUGUGACGAGUCAAAGGAAUUUGUCACACGGACUGUUAAGUGUCCACUGGGAAAAGUUGCAUUGCAGUGCAUAGAUUUACAUGUAGACCACAGGUUGAAGCGCAGCUUAUAGUUGGGUGUGAUUAUCAUAUCGACGUUGCAUGCCACUGUUGUAUCUCACCGUGUUAGUUUCUGGCCUCUCCUUAUGGAAAACAUUUGGGUGCUACAGAUGACGACUCAAACCUCACAUAACUAGGAACGCUACCUCAAGACUUAGCCAUAAGAUUGUUUUUAUCAAGCAGACGAGAGCGAAAGUGCAUGUUACAUUUUACUUUUGAGUUUUAAUUUAUUUCGAGCUUUUCAUUUCUGUAGACGUUUGGCUAGAAUAGCCUGCUAGUCAUAGCCUAGACUAGAGCUUCGAGUUGGGCGGGGUGGCAGGACGGGAAACGGAUGUGUGGUGUGAUGGUUUGCUCGGGAGGAGGAGGAACCUGUGAAAUUCGGUUAGUGCACAAUUAAGCUCAAUUAGAAUUCUCCCCACAUCAUGGCACAGAUGUAACUCGACCAGCAUUCGUAGAGUGACUGAGGAUUUCGGUGUAGACGAAACCCACACUUGUGCCUGUUGCGCUAUCUUCUCUGUGUCCUUUCCCACCUCGACGGCACCACCACUACCUCCACGCCAUGCAGCCUUGACCCCAAGAACGAUCCUUACUGUUUAAAAGCCCUUUUCUCGCUGAUCUUUAAAGCAGCUUCAGUUUCUUUUCUUGUUUUGUUGUUGCUGAAACUAGAUUUAAAUCAGCAAUAAAAUGGCAAUUCUGCCCGGAGCUUCUACUAACUUUCUGUCCUAAUCGUUUUAUGAUUUCACAGCCUGAAUCAAAAUGUCUGUAACCACGUGUUUUUAAAUUCUUUUCUUUUUUUUUUGGUUGAUCUACCUCUUAGAAUAAAGACAAACACAUAGGACAUGACAUAAAAGUAAAAAAAAAGACACAAAAAGUAAAUUUAGAAAAUGUUAGGCUUAAUGAAUCAAUAAUAAAUGACUUAAACAAAUGGGUAGCAACAUCAUCAUAUACUGAUAGGAGUCUUUUACUUCCAAAGAUGGUUUUUCUUCAGUUGUUUUUGAAAUUGUUCUGGAUGAAUUUGGAAAUGGAAUAGAUAUGUGGGAGGGGAAAUAACAUAAAAAUGUCAAUUUCACUAUCCAGUCUCUUUCCCCCCCAUUAUUAUUAAACUGACUUUUUUUUAACUUACAAAUUCAUCUUUCUAUUUGAUUUAUGUUUCUGAUGGCUUUUUAAGAAAUGACAUAGGAUUGUAUCUCUUAUGUUUGCAAUAGAAUUUCCUCUCUUUUUCUCUGUGAACCGCAACAUAGUAUCUUUUCAGGCCACACAGAGCAGCAUGAUGUUGAAAUUGUUUUCAUUUUUAUUGUUUCAUUUCACCUGUAAUAAUGCAACAGGAGAGUGAAGGUUGGUUGAAAUAAAUAGGGCACAUUUUAGGGGGAUAAGAGAGGAAGGAGACUACCUUUAUCAGACUAUCCCUUCACCCUUCUCACAGCAGGUGCCACAGACAUUAUCGGGACUUUCAGCCUCUGCCUGCCUGAUGUUCUUUGAUUCUCAUCCACUAUUGUUUGAACUCCUUGUAAAGAAUACAGAGCAUAGAUAUGAAUGUGACAAUAAAAGAUGAGUAAACUGGU